GGCGAUUGUUUUGGUCACACGUUAUGCACUUCAGUGACUUACCUGCGUGACGCACCUGAACGCCACUUUAUGUUUGUUUGUCCUUUUGGUUGCCGUGGUGGGAGGUAUGCGUGUGUGCGUAGAGAGCCACGCCUCCACGUAUUGGAAGGGAGCUAUAAGAGUCAGCUCUGUUGAUACUCACGUUCAGAAAACGCUCCGCAGCUGUCAUCGUCACCAAACAGACGUUACAUGGACUUAGAGCAAAGUUUCUGUUGGCGUUUCUAGUUGUAAACUUCAUUUCUGUGUCAUCUAACCCGGUCAGCAUGGCUCUGGCAGAAGCAUUGAUGCCUGCGUCGUUUCCAAGAGUUCAAGCCAUGGAAGCAAAACAGUUCGAAAAUAUGUUCAGGCUGGACGAGGGCGCACUCGGCGGCGCAACAGGUGGCGCAGGCAGCCCGCUCAUCCAAGUGGAGUUCAGCAUCGUGCAGUCUCCCGCUGCGCUCCCUAAAGAAGAGGACGAGCUGGGCAAGUUCCUGGACAUCGAGUUCAUUCUGUCCAACACAAUGGACUCCGACAUCGCGAGCAACAGCGGGAGCGUCUCUCCACAGCAGCAGUGCGCGUACUCCCUGCCGGAGUCGCCGGAGAGCUGCGGCGGAGGUUCCGCAACGGACUGCGCCGACCACGGUCACGCUGCCUCUGGCCUGGCCGCGCAGAGCUACCAUGGCACGGUGAGCUUCACGGACUCGAGGAGUCCGGUCCGCAGUCUCAUGGCGGAGCUGCUCACGCCGGAGAUGAACUACCCGGGGGAGAGCUCGCCGGAGUGCGCGGGGAAGGCGAGAGACGGGCGGGAGUACACCGAACUGCGGGCGUUUAAUCCGGUCACCGUUCAGGCCACUCCCGCUCAUCACCAAGUGGCCGCAUCUCCUCCACCGCUCGGAUACAAAAUUAAGAGCGAGCCCGUCGGUCAGUCCUGUAUGAUGGCUGCCGGUGGAGGGGACUUUAUUGGACAGAUGUACGAGAGGCACCCGAUGCGCUCCGUGCACCAAGCAGCUUUUACGCACCACCAGGCUGCAGUCCCAGGCGCGCUGCCGGGAUUCGGCGCGCACCCCAUGCAGCACCCCGCGCCACAGGGACGCGCAGAUUGCCAUUUGGCGCAAAUGAACGCUCAUUCCAAUCAACACCAUCUCCAAAACCAGUACAUGAACGCGCCCUACCACCAGCAGCAGUAUGCGCCCCAGAGCUUGGCGCAGUUCCAAGGACAGUAUGGCAUGCACCGAGAGCCCGUCCGCGUCCACCAGCAGCACCAUCCAGCUUCCAUGCAGGGCAUGAUGCUCACCCCUCCCUCGUCGCCGUCUCUCCUGGAGUUUUACGCCCAGGAUGAGGCGCUGAGCAUCAAACAGAAGCGAGGCCGCAGGUCGUGGGCCAGAAAAAGAGCCGCAACGCACAGCUGCGAGUUCCCCGGCUGUGGGAAAACCUACACCAAGAGCUCCCACCUCAAAGCCCACAUGAGAACACACACAGGAGAGAAGCCUUACCACUGCAACUGGGAAGGCUGCGGCUGGAAGUUCGCCAGGUCGGACGAGCUGACCCGUCACUUCAGAAAGCACACCGGACACAGGCCUUUCCAGUGUCACAUGUGCGAGCGUGCGUUUUCCCGCUCGGAUCACCUGGCUCUCCACAUGAAGAGGCACAUGUAGGCCACACUAAAACUUAAAAGCAUCCAGAUCCAUCACAGGGUCAUGCCUGGAGCAUCCCAGAAUGAAGCACCACUAUCAGACAUUCUUGUGCACCUGGUCCAUGGAACAAAACCUCCCCGUGGGGACCUUUUAGUAUAUGUGUGGUGCCUUGGCAGAGAGUGUAAAGCACCCUGAGGUGCCAAACAUAUCUGCCUCGGAUGUUUCUCAAAAGCCAAGUGCCUCUGCAUCAGGAAAAAAGAAUGAACGCUAGUGUCUUUUUUUUGUACAUACGUGUGGAUAUUUAAACUUACUAAAUUAUACUAGUUUGUAUUUAAGACAUUUCCUCGCCCUGUCUCUGAAAUAAGUUAUUGAUUGUGAGUGAGUGCCUUAACAAGACUUUGUAUUUGCUUCGCAAAUGGGGGGGGGGGACGACUCACUGUGGGCAGGACCCAGAACUUUGUACAUAUGUAGAUUGUAUUCUUGAAUGUUUACAUCUUAUAUCUUUGAUACCAAUCAGGUCAGGGUUUUUUAUUCACAAAUUCAGGUACUACAGCUCAUUUUCAGGCCCAUUUAAGGAUCAAACACACAUCAAGUGUAACCCCACUCCAGCUUCACUCAAAUCAAAUGUUCAGCUCAGUGUUUUCUGGGUAACAACCUAUUUUGUUAUGUAAGAUAUGUUUUGUUUAAGAAUGAAGAAAUCCACUUCAGCCAAUGGGUGAUCCGCUGUACUUGAAGCAGAAUUGCCACUCAGAUGUAUCUUUAUUUUUUUUUCUCACCGAUGCAAUUGUCUUUCAUGUGUUUAAGGGCUCCGAAAAUAAAAGUACUUUUACAAAUAUGACUGCC